AUAUUUUAUUAUAAUAUUUUAUUUCAAGAGUAUUUAUUUUAUCUUAUUUCAGUACAAGAGUUGACUCGAGAACUUGAUGAAACUCGGAAUGAGAAAGAAGUCAUAAAAAGAAAGAAUACCUCAGCUUUGAAAGUAUUUAUAGUGCAAGCAUCAUCGAUUUCAUCGGCAGACAUAGGUAAUAGACCUCCUGCUCAUUCUUCUCUUGAGGAUUGUUCUAGUAACAUACAGCAGCAAAUGAUUGAAAAGAUUGUGCAACUUCAGCGACAGCUUGCCAGAAAGCAAAAUAAAAUUGAUUUUUUAGAGGAACAUGUUCGACAGUGUACUGAAGAACUUCGCAAGAAAACAAAAAUUAUUCAAAAUUACGCAUUACGUGAAGAAGCAUCGCUUUUAUUACCCGAAGAUGAUUUAACCAAGGUAUAUUAUUUUUUUUUUAUUCCGCAGGUACCAAUGAAAAAAAAUGGCGGUAUUCCACUGUUCGGAAAUAUUUUUGCUAAUGCCGAUAGAAAAUCUGAACUUGAAUUGGCGAUCGAGUUAAAUUCAAGGCUUCAGGCAGUAUUAGAAGAUAUACUUCACAAAAAUAUAACGCUAAAAAACAAUAUCGAUACACUUGGUGAAGAAAUAUCACGUUUGUCGAGAGAAAAUAGGCAAUUGGCUCUUGCAAAUGCUUCAUGA